AUGGCAAUGGACAUAGCUGCACAGUUAAAGAGAGGGAUCUCGCGCCAAUUCUCCACAGGUUCCUUCUUUUUUGUUUAUACUUAUUGUUUGUUUCGAUUCUUUGACAAACAAGAAAAUUUUGUGAUCAAGGAAAAGAAUUACUCAACAGGUUCAUUGAGAAGAAGCGGAAAAUUCAGCUUUAGAAGGCAGAAUUCUCUUGAUCCGCGGCGCAAUAAUGUGAGGUUCAGUUUUGGACGGCAGUCCUCGCUCGAUCCGAUUAGGAGGAGCCCGGUAAACGAUGACCUCAGCGUGCCGGAGAAUCUUGAUUCUACGAUGCAGUUGCUGUUCAUGGCGUGUAGAGGGGAUGUGAAGGGAGUGCAGGACUUGUUGGAUGAUGGGACCGACGUGAAUAGCAUUGAUUUGGAUGGGAGAACGGCGUUGCAUAUUGCGGCGUGUGAAGGGCAUGUGGAUGUUGCGAAGUUGUUGUUGAGCAGGAAGGCCAAUAUUGAUGCCCGGGAUCGAUGGGGCAGCACGGUAGUUACUACAUUCCAUUCCGCUUCGUUGAUUGCAUGCAUUGCUGUAAUUAUUACUCCUGAUCGUUGUCUUAAGCGUCUUCAUUUUGAUGACACAUGUCAUUGA